GCUUCAGCGGCAAGGGGCCUGCGGCCGCUUGCCCGGCGCCGCCCGGGCCCUCGAAGCUCCGCCGGGCGCUCACCGCCGCCCCGUGGCGCUCGGAGCGGGCCUGGCCGGCGCGGCAGUGGCCGAGCGCGGGCAGCUUCGAGGAGUUCCUGGCCACUGCGCCCUCGCCGCAGGAGGGGGAGCCGCUUAUCCGCACGUUCUCCAUCCACGCCGGCGGGGAGUGCGCGGAGCUCAAGUUGGAGGCCAGCCUGGACGACGACCAGGACACCGCCUACCCGAGCAGCACCGCCUCCUGCACGCCGCUCGCAUCUCCGAGGCCGAGGCUGGAGAGCCAGGGCAGCGCCAGGGCGAAGACGAGGCUGAAUUCCCAGGCCGCGCUCUUCACCCCAACCGCGGCGUCCACGUUGGGUCCGCAGCCAGCGGCGGAUCCCGAGCCGCCGAAGGCACCGCAGAGCCCCGCCGCCGCGGAGCUCGGGCCGAGCCCCACGUCCUGGGCGGCGCAGCAGCGCGCCCGCCGCGGCGGCUGGCUGGUGACCCAGCAGCAGGUCGAUGCGGAAGUGGGCCGCGCCGUGAAGUCUCUCCUCAACAAGCUCACGCCGGAGAAUUUUGUCAAGCUGUCCCAGCAGAUCAUGGCCGUCGGCAUGUCCACCACGACGCAUGUGGAGAUGAUGAUUAAGGAGGUCUUCGAGAAGGCGACGUCGCAGCACCACUACAUCGACAUGUACGCUGAUCUCUGUGUCCUUCUGAGCGAGUACUUCGCGCUGAACCCUGUCGGAAACGACCCCAAGUUCAGCUUCAAGCGGUUGCUCCUGCACGAGUGCCAGGGCAGCUUCGAGCGGCACCUCGGGUCUCCCGACCACACCGGGCUGGACGACGAGGAGGAGCGCCAGCUGAGCGAGGUCCCGGGCGCCAGGCGCAUGCUGGGCAACAUGAAGCUCAUCGGGGCCCUGCUGGUUCGGAGGAUGCUCGCCGGCAAGGUCUUCCUCGCUAUCCUCGCGGAGUUCGUGGGGAACCCCACCCCCGAGGCGAUGGAGUGCGCGGCUGCGCUGCUCACGGUCACGGGCGCUUUCUUCGACACGCAGGACUGGGCGCACUACCAGCGCCUCGAUACGAUAUUUGUCCAGCUGCAGUCGAUUGCCAAGCAGUCCUCCUGUGCCCCGCGCAUCAGGUGCCUGCUUCAGGACGUGCUCGACCUGCGGGCCAGCGAGUGGAAGGGCCGCCAGCCCGGGCGGGCGGUAGCCCCGGCGACGCUCAAGGAGGUCAGUUUCCAGCAGGCGGUGGAUCUCGGCCUUUACUAG